AGUCACACCUUCCAUUACUCUCCAUCAUCUCUCUCACUUCACAAAAAAACACACAAAAAAAUGUCUCCCAUUCCAAAACCACUCUUCUUCUUCUUCUUCUUCCUCAACUAUGUUGUAUCUCUCUCAACCUCACUCUCCAUCCACCUCCCACUCACCUCUCUCCCCAUCUCACCCAAAACCACAACCUUCACAACCUCCCUCCUCUCCAGCAAAAACCCAUCUCCACACUACCACUUCCGAUCAAGAUUCAAAUACUCAAUGGCUCUAAUCAUCUCACUUCCUAUAGGAACACCACCGCAAACACAACAAAUGGUUCUUGACACAGGAAGCCAACUCUCAUGGAUCCAAUGCCACCGCAAAAAGCUCCCACCAGUAACAUCGUUCGACCCAUCUCUCUCCUCUUCUUUCUCAACCUUACCUUGCUCUCACCCUCUUUGUAAACCAAGAAUCCCAGAUUUUACACUUCCCACUUCUUGUGACUCGAACCGUUUAUGUCACUACUCGUAUUUCUACGCUGAUGGAACCUUCGCUGAAGGUAACCUCGUCAAAGAAAAAAUAACUUUCUCUAAUACCGAAAUUACCCCUCCUUUGAUACUUGGUUGCGCUACUGAGUCCUCUGAUGAUAGGGGUAUUUUGGGAAUGAACCGUGGUCGUCUCUCGUUCGUCUCUCAAGCUAAGAUUUCGAAGUUCUCUUACUGUAUCCCACCCAAAUCAAACCGGCCCGGUUUUACACCAACCGGUUCGUUUUACCUCGGAGAUAACCCGAAUUCGCACGGUUUCAAAUACGUUUCACUGUUGACUUUUCCUGAAAGUCAACGAAUGCCAAAUCUUGAUCCGUUGGCUUACACUGUACCGAUGAUUGGGAUUAAAUUCGGUUUAAAGAAGCUUAACAUUUCCGGUUCGGUUUUUAGACCCGAUGCAGGCGGGUCGGGUCAAACGAUGGUUGAUUCAGGAUCCGAGUUUACUCAUUUAGUGGACGCAGCUUACGAUGCAGUGAGAGGAGAGAUAGUAAGACGUGUUGGGCGGCGAUUAAAGAAAGGUUACGUGUACGGUGGAACAGCUGACAUGUGUUUCGAUGGAAACGUGGUGAUGAUCCAACGGUUGAUAGGUGAUCUUGUGUUUGAGUUUACUAGAGGAGUUGAGAUACAUGUUCCGAAAGAGAGGGUUCUUGUUAACGUGGGAGGUGGGGUUCACUGCGUUGGAAUCGGACGGUCGAGUAUGCUUGGAGCAGCUAGUAAUAUAAUCGGGAACGUUCAUCAACAGAAUCUUUGGGUUGAGUUCGAUGUGACCAAUAGAAGAGUUGGUUUCGCUAAAGCUGACUGUAGCAGAUUACUCUGAGGAAACGGGUUGGAUUCAGCUACGGUGGGAAUAGAGUUCUUCUGGUGGACUCGAUUCGUUCGAGGAUGUUUAAUCGGACGGUACAUAGUUAAUAUCAGUUUUGAAUGAGGAUGUCCUACAAAAAAUAAUUAAAAGUGUUCACGUAGAUUUUUAUGGUUGUACCGUUUUGUACAUUAUAUGGUUCAUAUUAACUUGGGGAUGUUACAUAAAAAAAAUAUCUUUAUAUUUGUCACUGUGGAUUGUUGACUCGUGCUGAAAGACUUGUGGAUGAAGAAAAAUAUGAGAUUUAGAUUUGAGAAUU